AUCUGUCUUAAGCAGGCUCAAGGGCAUCUGAACAGACAUCACUUCAGAUCUGCACUCAACCGAAACAUCAUGUCGGCCCGCUUCGUUGCUCGCUCUCUUGCUCAGGGUGCAACCCGUGGCUAUGCUAGCCAGGCUAGCAUCAAGCCGCCGCUGACGCUCAACGGCCUCCCUGGCAAGUAUGCCUCCUCGGCCUACGUUGCUGCUCUUAGCAAAGACGCCAGGACGUUGCAGAAGGUCGAGACAGACCUCAAGGCCAUUCAGACCACUCUUGCGGGCUCCCAAGGGUCCAAGCUGGAGGCUGUCAUCACCAACCCAACCCUCAGCGUCCAGGACAGGAUCAAAACCUUGGACCAGGUCUUUAGCGAAAGCAAGGAGAAGCCGGAUCCGAUCACUCACAACCUGCUCUCGGUGCUUGCCGAGAAUGGCCGAUUGGCCGACACGCCCAAGGUAAUUCAGGGCUUCCUACAGCUCAUGAACGCAUACAGGGGCGAAGUAGAGGUCACUGUUACCAGCGCGACUCCUCUCGACAAGUAUGCAUUCUCGCGUCUUGAGAGCGCCCUUAAGUCAUCGCAAAUCGCUCAGAACGGCGGCGGAAAGACCCUUAAGAUCACCCAGAAGGUCAACCCAAGCAUCCAGGGCGGCCUGGUCGUUGACUUUGGCGACUCUUCUAUUGACCUCAGCGUUUCAAACCGCGUCAACCAGCUGAACAACAUGCUCGCGCAAGGCGUUUAAGCGCGGAGAGAAAAGACAAUUAAGCAUCCCUGUGAAGCAGAGGGGGCCACGACCUUUCGGCUGGCUGUGUCGUUCCAUGUACUACACUUGAAUAGAGAAGAAUGACCAGGCGAUGUGCAGAAC